AUGCGCCGUCUGUCUAGCCAGCUUAUGUGCACCGCUGCCGCGGCCCGCUUCGCGUCCGCCGGCGGCGCGAAGAAGUACGACCUGUUCGGCUACGAGGUGGACACGAACACGGCGCCGUGGAUCGACAAGGUGAAGAAGUGCCGCUACUACGACGAGGCCGGCGAGGUGCUGGUGAACAUGAACGUGAAGAACUGCCCGCCGGAUCUGGAGACGUACAACGCGACGCUGCAGAAGAUCUACGAAGCGCCGAGCAAGCAGGACAAGCCGGUGGAGAACGAGAGCAAGUUCUGCGCGAUGAUGGACCUGAUGGAGGAGAUGCAACACCGCAACAAGGUGAAGCCGAACGAGGAGUCGUGGACGUGGGUGUUGAAGGAGUGCGUGCAGAGUGGGCAGUUCCGCCUCGGCUACUGCGUUGCGAGGCUGAUGGAGGCUGAGUUCAAGCGGGUGCCGGCAGAGCUGGUGCAGCAGAACGAGGCGAACGCUUCGAAGGCGAAGGCGGACGGCAAGGAGCAUCCGAGCACGCUGGCGCAGCAGCAGAGCCUGUUCGACAUCAAGAUUCAGUAA